CUGCCUCCAUCACCACAGACCUGCCCAUCAUAAUGACAUAAUGACUUGAGAGAAUGUUGAAGAGGAAGCCGUUGCUUUCUGGGAUCUCCCUACAGCAGAAAAGACCUCCGUUCCAACAAGUAUGUUCCUGACGGUAGCUGGGAAUUAGAAGGACCAAGGACAUCUCCAAGCCCUGGAUCUGUGAUUCUUUUCUGUUCAUGGCUGCAGCACCUCUGUCUAGUUUGUGAGUGUCUCCCAAAGCUGUGGCCAUGGCCCUGAGGAAUGUGCCCUUUCGUUCAGAGGUCUUGGCCUGGAACCCCGACAACCUUGCUGAUUACUUCAAGAAGUUGAACUACAGGGACUGUGAGAAGGCAGUGAAGAAGUACCACAUCGAUGGCGCUCGGUUUUUGAACCUGACAGAAAAUGACAUUCAGAAGUUCCCCAAGCUCAGAGUACCGAUUCUCAGUAAAUUAAGUCAAGAUAUCAACAAGAAUGAAGAAAGAAGGAGCAUUUUCACACGCAAACCCCAAGUCCAGCGGUUUCCUGAGGAGACAGAAAGCCAUGAAGAGGACAAUGGUGGCUGGUCAUCCUUUGAAGAUGAUGACUACGAAAGUCCCAAUGAUGAUGAUCCUGAUGGGGAGGACGAUGGUGACUAUGAGUCCCCCAAUGAGGAAGAUGAGGCUCUGGUGGAAGAUGCUGCGGACUAUGAGCCUCCCCCGUCCAAUGAUGAGGAGGCUCUGCAGAACUCCAUCCUGCCUGCCAAGCCUUUCCCCAACACCAACUCCAUGUACAUCGACAGACCCCCCACUGGGAAGGUCUCUCAGCAACCUCCAGUGCCCCCCCAGAGACCAAUGGCUGCCCUUCCUCCCUUGCCGACCAGCCGGAAUCACUCACCAUUAUCCCAACCCCAGGCCAACCAUGAAGAGCCCAGCAGAAGCCGAAACCACAAAACAGCAAAGCUGCCUCCUCCAUCAAUAGACAGAAGCACGAAACCUUCCCUGGAUCGCUCAUUAGCACCUCUUGACCGGGAGCCCUUCACACUAGGAAAGAAGCCACCGUUUUCUGACAAGCCUUCUGCUCCAGUGGGAAGAACUCUUGGCGAGCAUUUACCCAAGAUACAAAAGCUUCCUUUACCACCAGCCAUGGACAGACAUGAAAGAAGUAGCCCCUUACCUGGGAAGAAGCCGCCUGUUCCAAAGCAUGGAUGGGGACCAGACCGAAGAGAGAAUGAUGAAGAUGAUGUACAUCAAAGACCUUUGCCCCAGCCAGCACCACUUUCUAUGAGCUCCAACACUUUCCCUUCAAGAUCUGCCAAGCCAAGCCCCAAGCACAUGUUCCCAUCAUCUCACAUGCCGGGAGCCUUCUCAGAAAGUAACAGUGGCUUUCAGCAGAGCGCCUCCCUGCCACCAGUCUUCUCUCAAGGUCCCAGCAACAGAUCACCUCUCAGAGCUGAAGGCAGAAACUUGCCCUUGCCCAUCCCAAACAGACCUCAGCCACCAUCUCCAGGAGAAGAAGAGCAUCCAUUGGAUGAAGAGUGGUACAUUUCUUAUAUUACCAGACCCGAGGCAGAAGCUGCUCUCCGAAAGAUAAACCAGGAUGGAACUUUCCUGGUUAGAGACAGUUCUAAGAAAACAGUAAGCAAUCCGUAUGUCCUCAUGGUGUUGUACAAAGACAAAGUUUACAACAUCCAAAUCCGUUAUCAGGAGGAAAGUCAAGUAUACUUAUUGGGGACUGGACUCCGAGGAAAAGAGGAUUUUCUGUCUGUGUCAGACAUUAUUGACUACUUCAGGAAAAUGCCACUUCUUCUCAUUGAUGGAAAAAAUCGAGGCUCCAGAUACCAGUGCACACUAACACAUGCUGCAGGGUGUCCAUAGCAAGAUAGCCAAGCAAAUGACCUUCCUCCUGACUCGGUUACUAACAUGGGAAGAUCAACAAACCAGGAAUGGGCAGACUGAAGUGAAUUCCUCACCAUGAACACAGGGUUUUGUCCUUUCCUUUGAAGAGUUUGAAGGUUGCUGACUAUCCCAUGAUUUAUUUAUUUUCUAUAAUGUUUGUAAAGUGUAGGAAUAAUCAUGUUCAGCUUGAAAUCUACAAGUGCACUGCAUUCCUUCAUUUUGAGACAUGGAUUUUCGAGUAUCCAGUUCAAAAUGUAGUAGUUUACACAGCUACGGAAAUAAUUUGGGGCAAACUUAAAAAAAAACACUGAAACAGUAAUAGUUUUGAUUAUCAUAUAAAACUGAUAUUUUAUAGUGAAACUUCUGUCAGUGAAAGGCAAUCUAUUUUUUGUAUGACUUGAAAUGAUUAAAAUUUAUUCUCCAUGCAGCAAUAAUUUAAGAGGCUUCAAAAAUAUAACUUCAUUAUUUCUUAUCUGGUUUUGCUGAGGGUAUUUUUGUGUGCUUUUUGAUGAA